AUGCCACCUGAAAAUCGCAGAAAGCGUCGGGUAUCGUGUCUAGCAGCCGACAGUCGCGUCGUCCAGACUGCUCCUGAGGCUUCCAACUCUUCUUCAAUACCUGCAAAUACGAUAGCAUUUGCAACCGCAGCCAUGCCUAGAGUCGCGCCCGUAGCUCCACCAGUGGCCGAAAUGGCGCCUACUGCUAAUCAAGCUGGCCAUGCACCCAUCCCCGUUGAGCCCGUUGAACCCCAGCAGCCACGACGAGGAAUCAUAAGCUGGAUUUCCGGCUUCAUCACUCCGGUCUACUCAUUUAUCCGUCGAAGAAACAGCUCUGAACCUGAGACUGUUACCGCAACACCCGAGGAUGAGCCUCGUGUCAAACGACGCAAGCUCGAAAACGCCACCUUCUCUGUGGCCUGGGCUACCAUUCCGAGUACCCGUAUCGGCCUCGAAAACCUCGAGAAGGUUCUCGCCUAUAUCAAGCACAUCAAAAGGCAUGCCGACGGGCCCUAUGUUACCAUUGCUCACUACAACUUUCCAGGCCCGAUCGAGGCCUUCAGUAGCCAGAAGACAUAUGACAAGGCCUUCCAGCUGCAUGUAACCAUGUACGAUCGCCUGGAGAGUUAUGAUGCUGCAGAUGCUGUCCUCCCAGAGAUCUUCAAGCCUUCAACUGAACUUCUAAAGCCGCGCGACAUUAUCUACGGCGAUUUCCCGGACACAAACCACGUCCUUAGUGCCGACGUCCAUGACUGGAUGAUUCACAAGUACAAGGUGAACAACUGGACAAACUUCAACUCUGCAAAGGCCGAGUUUCGUGCUGUUUUGGACCAAGCAAUCAAGAGUUUGCAGUUCCUCUACUGUGAGAAGUCGUUUGAGAACGUCAAGGCCUUCGUGGGUCACCCGCUAGAGUCGUACGACAUUGACAAAGAAGAGCGAGACAAGCACGGAGUCGCUGCCGACGUUUUCGAUUUUCUGGGACAGAAGAUGGAAAAGUCAAGGAUCCUGCGCGAGUUGGUGAAGGCGCCGGCCGACACCAUGUUUUCGGUGGCGGCUGAUUGUCGUUCUCUGCAGGAGACAAAGCCGGUCCCGAGUCACGUUGUCUUUGAGGCUGCAACCGUUGCGCCCCACUCUUUUGGCCGCCCUGAGGACCAACCAAAGAGCUGGACGAUCCACAUGCCAGCUGACCGCAUGGCAAGCUUCGACGAGAACCCCACGGUCGCGCUUCGCGAUAAAUACCUGCGCGAUCACCGUAGGACCUUUGCCCCGUCACCCCUGGUGCCCCUGAGCCAGCUCCCGCAGCAGCGGCAUCUUUGCAGACAAUCACAGCUGCCGUUUAAUAACGUGAAUCGCGGUCCAAAUUUGGUACUGCCACUCCCAACCACCCGCGGUCGCUUGAACAUCAACCGGCCACUGAACCUAAACCAGCCAUACAGUCUCCAUCGCCCAAUCUACAAUUUUCCCCGUCGGCCAUUGACCCUGCCAGAGCAUCUUGCCGCAGUAACAAAUCCACCUCCCCACGUUAACCCUCUAAGGCGCCUUGAGAUCGCACGGCCCUACGGUGGACGCCGUGGUGGAAUUAUCAAGAGGGUUGGACCACCAUCCUACGGACUCAAAUCUGGCCAUCGCGUUCAAUUCCAGGCCCACUACGAGGAGAUUGACUUCUUUACCGGCCAGCCUAUCACAGCCGCCGUAAGGCGUACCAUCAGGACCAACGCCAGGAAACCAGCCACACCGCGGCCCGUCACCAAGAGGCCCAAAACCCCCAAGCCUGCAGACGUCACCGCUGCUACUGAUUUUAACUGGCGAGGUCACUUUGCCGUCCCCGACGACACUGAUUCUGAGUCUGACGACGACUCGGAGGUCGUCCAGACGCCUACUAGGGCUAGGCCUGCUGUUAAAUCAUCUUGUCAACCCGUCCAGGUCGCUCAAGAGGAGGAGGAGCAGCCAGCUUCGAACUUGACUGGUCGCUACCCAUCAUCGGCCCCACCUGUCCAGGCAGUUCAAGAGGAACCGCCGGCUUUUAACUGGGCUGGUCAUUUCGCUGUGCCUGACGACAGCGACAGCGAAGACGAAUCCGCUGAGCCUGUCCAAGUUGAGAUUGAACAACCCAAGCCCAACCAGGUCGAGAAACCUGAGCUCACCCAGUUUAACACAUCUAAGCCCAUCGAGGCCGAGGAGUCUGAGCCCAUCCAGGUCGCGACACCCCAGCUCGUUGAGGUUCAGGAGCCUGAGCCUACUGAGGUUGACGAGCCCGCGAUCAAACGGCAUCACCAAACUUCAAGUCCCGUAACUUCCCGGACGAAUGUUGUCGGCGACCCCCUGGUGCGGUACGCCGAGGAGGUUGUUGCACAGUCACAGGUCACACUGCCCCCAGUUAUGACCAAUCAUUCAUUUAUCAUGGAUCCCGCAGGCUCAUCACCAUCUUCACAGAGGAGUCAACAUGCAGCCGCUGUCUCCACCCGGAAUGCCUCUGCUUCGUCUCCACUCCGAAGUAUCACAGACACAGAAGAGGCAAAGAAACCCUCCGUUUCAGCAGACACGUCAAUUCGCCCCGUCGUGACAGAACUAACGACCCCCAAGCCCGCAAAGGCCAAGAGUCGUUUCAUACAAUCAUUGGGUCGGGGUCACACAAGCAGGCACAUAACCGCUGCUCCUAGACCAAUAAAGCGCAGGGGGGCUGCUAUUCGCGCCUUACUCAAUGCGAAGGCCGAUCCGCCCAUGCCGGGUUCGUUCCCGGAGAUUGAAAUGGAGGUUGAUGAGAAUGAAACUACAGAGAGCCCGCAGAGACCUCCCUUCAGACAACCAACAAUUUCCACAGACUCCCGUACAUCAUCUACCACCUACAAGGCGCUAGAUCGUGAGGAGAUAUCAAAGGAUGAGCGAUCAUCCCAAUCGCCACGGUCCGAUUACAAGGCCCUUACGGCAGAGGAGAGACGCCAGGAUCUCCUCGAUUUUUUUGAGCAGGAUCACACCAAGGAAAUAGACCCAAACGGCUUUUUGCUCGAGUCUGAGCUGUGGUCAUCCGCAACUUCAAAGCCUACCCGGAAAUCCCGGCUUCCCUCAUCUCAAAGUGACUCGUCAGACUCGUCGUCCUCCCCAGAGUCAACAUACAAGUCGGUAUCACCGAUCCUUCAAUCCAGUGACUCUGAGCUGCAGCCUUCAUUCGGUCGCCUCAAGAUCAGCAAUUUUAAGGACCAUCAGCUUGCAUUGGAAGCGCAGAUCGAAGAUGAGCUCGAGCAACAUGAAUUGCGGGAAAAGAGAGAGCGUCUCGCCCGCGAAGCAGAGGAGGAACGGAAGAGACUUGAGGCAGCAGAAACUGAACGUCGCCGUCGGGAAGAGCAAGCAGUGCUCGCAAGGACCGGAGGUCUCCGCCCACCAAGGGCCAUUAUGAUUGGCGGUAUCUCUAAUGAAUGGUAUCACAGAAUCAUGGACUCUAUGAAGGCACGGGACAACCAAAUUCUUGGCAAGUCCGGCGAAGGCAACGACAUCAAUGCCCAUUCAUUCAAGACUGUCGUCAAUCCAACAGCAUGGUUGAACGAUGAAAUUAUCAAUGGCAGCCUCUCACACCUCGCCAGGUUCAUUAACGACAAGGCAGGCAUUAAGGAUGUUAGGGCACAAACGCCGAAAUGCGUGUUUGUCAACUCGCACUUUUACUCCAACGUCAAAUCGUCCAAGGGACUUUCAAAUAUGGACCGAUGGAUGAGAAGGGUAGGCGUUCGCCCAGACAACUUCCUCAACGUGGAGACGUUCGUAAUCCCCGUCAACCUUGACGCCAACCAUUGGACGCUGGCAGUUAUUCGCCCGAGCAAGGGCGAGGUUGCGCACGUCGAUUCGCUGGGCUCUUCGGGCUCUGGCAAGCGCCACGUCGCCAACUUGAUAUUGACUUGGGUGCGCACAUUCCUCGGCCACAGGUACGACGAAGGUUACUGGAAGACUCGGAAUUUUGUUUCGCCCGAGCAGACAAACGGUCACGAUUGUGGUGUUCAUACCAUCACCAGCGGCAUGUGCAUCGCUCUGGGUAUUGACCCCGCCUCAUACAAACCUGAGGAUAUGCCGCUGCAACGUCUGAGACUUGCCGGAGUUCUGAUGAACAACGGAUUCCAUGGCGUGUUUGACCUGUCCAAGCUGUAA